AGCUCUCUCUCUCUUCACUUAAGUCUCUCCUCUUUCGUUCGUUCAGGAUUGCUCGGCUAGCUUUUCUCUGCUUUGGUUUUGUGCUUUGGGUUAUCUUGAUCGGAUUGCCAUGUGGACAGCUGUUGAGUCGAGUUGAGCCAGCAUGCUAGCACGAGCGGCAACUGUAUAGGGGUGUGUAAUACACAUUAAUGUCCGGACCUAGGGACGCAUGGAUGGAAGGCUGAAUGAAAGGCUCUCUCUCAAUCAAAGACGGUUUGCACUCAAAUGAUAGCACAAGUGUUGGCCAAGUCAAAACAGCUUUGAUCCUGGCUCCAACAUCUAUUGCUCUUGCAUUCGAAAAUGGGAGCCCAGAAGAAAGCGCACAAACGGCUGGACAAGAAGCGGUCGCCGGGAUGGGCGGGAUGGCCUAUCGAGCCGAAAUACCUCAUCCUAGCUGGUGUGGCCGUGGCCGUAUCGGCGGCGGUUUGGGGCGUCAUCAGUCUGAACCAAAGUCCGACCAUUCCAGUGCCUCAAGAUAGUAACCAUUAUGCCUUUGAAUCGUAUGCCUCGUCGGUGGCGGACCCGGUUCAAGCCAGCGAUCACAUGGCCGAACACAUUCGGAAUGCCAUUCAAGCCUAUACCGAACCCGAAUUGCACCCGGUCAAGAGUAUUCGAGGCUUACCCGCCGAUCUGAAGGACUGGCCUCCGGGUGAACGGGGAUUGGGCAUCACUUUGGAUGAGACCAAGAUGAGUGCGGCCGAAAUUGAGAAACGCGAGAGCAUGUACAAGCAACACGCCUUUCAGGAGUAUGUGAGCGACCUGAUCUCGCCCAAUCGAUCGCUGCCGGAUUGGCGAGGCGAUUGGUGUCGGAAGACUUAUUCCGAGGAUCGACCCGAUUUGGACUCCACGUCGGUCGUGGUUUGUUUUCACAAUGAGGCUUGGUCCACUCUGGUCCGCACAGUUCAUUCCGUGGUGAACCGGAGUCCGGAUCAUUUAUUGGAAGAGAUUUUGCUCAUAGACGACGCCUCAACCAUGGACCAUCUGGGUCAGAAGCUGGACGAUUACAUGGAGAAAUUUGCCAAGGUCCGGAUUGUCCGGAAACCCGAGCGACAAGGUUUGAUCCGAUGUCGCAUGCUGGGAGCCACCUUGGCCAAGGCCAAAACCAUGACCUUUUUGGAUUCUCACAUUGAGGCGGGCAUCGGCUGGUUGGAGCCUUUAAUGUACCGCCUAAAGGACGAGCCCAACCUCAUAGUUAGUCCGGUCAUUGACGCCAUCAAUGAUACCACAUUUUGGUACACCUUUAUUCAUCGGGAUCUCAAAGGGCUGAUGAAUUGGAAAAUGGACUUUGAAUGGCACGAAGUUCCGGCUGAAGAGCGGAAGCACAAAGUGAACCCGUGGGCGCCUCACCCCAACCCAAUCAUGUCCGGCGGACUCUUCUCCAUCAAUAAAGAGUUCUUCGAAAGAAUAGGCUACUACGAUACCGGCAUGGAGAUUUGGGGAGGCGAGAAUUUUGAGGUCAGUUUCAAAGCUUGGAUGUGUGGAGGAAGGAUAGAAAUCGCCCCUUGUUCCCGGGUGGGUCACGUUUUUCGGACUUGGUCGCCUUACAAAGUCGACACGAAAAAGGUUUACGGCAAUAAUAUCCGUGUGGCAGAGGUCUGGAUGGAUGAAUUCAAGUAUCUCUUCUAUGACAGAUUAGGAGGCAUUGAUAGGCCUUUGGAGACGCGAUUGAGUUCCCAUGGUGAUUAUGGGGAUGUGAGUGAGCGAAAGGCUCUCCGAGCCGCCCUUCAAUGCAAGUCGUUCCGCUGGUACAUGGACAAUGUGGCCAAAGGGCUACCCUUCCACGAAUUGAAAGGCGCGGGCGAGAUUCGGAACCCGGAGAUGAACUUCUGUUUGGACCAGAAUGACCACGUCCAAUUCAUCGGCUCUCCCGUAUUCACGAUCCCUUGUCACGGCGAGAGUGUGGGCAAUCAGUAUUGGUGGUUCAACGCCAAUAGUUACCUACUUCGAGAUUACACAUGCAUCGGGGUCGCUUCAGACGGAUUAUCCGUAGUUGUGUCAGAUUGUUCCAAGACUCGGCCUUGGAAUUAUAAUCGAAAACGGAAAUGGCUUCAGCAAGGCGGAAAAUGUUUGACUGUGGGCUCUGCCAACGGAAUCUACACCUCCCAAAUGCAUAAAUGUGACAAGGACAACCCUCUUCAGCAAUGGGUUUUCACGCGAUUCAACGAAAGGGGGCUCGCCUAUGAAGACUUGGGUGAUCACACUAAAGUUCAAUCUGACGAAUGAGGUCCCGUAAAAGGGAAUCAGAAACACAUUCCCGAGAGAUUGGCGGAUAAAUCUUCUCUCCCAUCUCUUGCAUUUCAAUCUACUUCUAUGAUGAUUAAGUUUCAAAAAGAAUCCGUUUUGCGACCGUACACCGCAAAAACUUAAUUGUGCCUUAUUAUCCCUUAUGUGAUUGACAUGUUAAGCGUUACAAAGUGUGUACUUAGUAAUUUUUUAAAGCACCUUUUGUUACUUAAAUAUCAAUGUUACUAACGACUUGUUUUGCAAUAUACACUCCUUCCGUCAUGAGAAUGGAUCAGC